GCGCGGUCACACUGGCUGUCAUCAUCACAUCAAAUUUAAUAUUUUAAAUAUUUGAAAACUCAAAGGAAUCAGAAUCUAAACAAAUAGCAAGAGAAAACUAACUUCUGUGCAUACAAAGCAGUAUUCUUCAGUAACAUUGUCAGAAUUUCCACAAUGGAGAACAACGAAGCCCCCUCACCAUCUGGCUCCAAUGCAAACGAUUUUCCCAUACUCCCACCACCGCCAAACGCCUUCAACAACAACAACUUCGCCGAUACGAACCCGCACAAUAGCAACAACAAUGCCGCCGCCAACAAGCGCCUGCAGCAGACACAGGCCAAAGUGGACGAAGUGGUGGGCAUAAUGCGCGUCAACGUGGAGAAAGUGCUGGAGCGGGACCAGAAACUCUCGGAGCUGGGCGAGCGAGCGGACCAACUGGAGCAGGGCGCCUCGCAGUUCGAGCAGCAGGCCGGCAAGCUGAAGCGCAAGCAAUGGUGGGCCAACAUGAAGAUGAUGAUCAUUCUCGGAGUGAUCGCAGUGGUGCUGCUAAUCAUCGUCCUAGUAUCGGUCUGGCCAGAGAGCAGUGGCAGCAGCGGUGGUGGAGCCAAGUCCAUUACCGAACCCAAGACCGUUCCGGAAGUGCCCCACCAAUAAGGGUGUGCUCCAUUCAGUAAGCAAGCAUAGAUGGGAAAUAGGAAACAGAAAUGGACCAACACAUCAGGGACAUGGAGAUGGACAUGUGGACAGUGUGGCCUUCGCCUUUGCUUUGGCCAAAUCGCGCAAAUGAAAAGUUAAUUAAAUCGAAAGGAAAAUCAAAAAAGGAAAACUAUCUACACAUAUAUAUAUUUUUAACCAGAAUGUAAUUAUUAAAACCUAAUGUUAAUUAAACAUUUUUCACGUAUUGUAACCCCCAGCACAGGCCAGAGGUCUGUGCGUAGGGUGUAUGUGUAUGUAACAUGCUCUGUAGCUCUGUAUAUUAUGUAUUUGUAUAUCAUAUAAUUGGAAAUACAUUAUGCCACAUACACUUU